AUGGACGUGCAGCUGCACCGCCUCCUGCCUCUCCUCCUCCUCCUCUCAUGGCCUUUCUUCCGCCGCGGCGACCACUCGGCUGCGCGGGAUGCGGCGGACCUCCACCCCAUCGUGAUUCUACCGGGCCACAGCUGCAGCCAGCUCGACGCGCGGCUCACGGAGGAGUACGAGCCGGCAGCGCCGCCGAGCUGCGGCGCGCGCAAGGGGAAGGGGUGGUUCCGGCUGUGGGAGAACCGCACGGCGCUGCAGGACCCUGCACUGCUGCCGUGCUACGCGGAGCAGCUGCGGCUCGUGUAUGACCCUGUCGCCGGCGACUACCGCAACGUGAGGGGCGUCGAUGUCAGAGUCGUGUCAUUUGGCACCACGGGCGGCUUCAUCCCCCGCUGUCCUUCUUACCGGAAACUGGUGGAGGCACUGGAAGGAGUCGGAUACAAAGACGGCGGAAACCUGUUCGGCGCGCCAUACGACUUCAGGUACGGGCCGGCGCCGCGCGGUCAGCCCGCCCAGCACUUCGCCCACUUCGUCUCGUCCCUGCGGCUGCUCGUAGAGCGUGCCAGCGCGAGGAAUGGGAACAAGCCGGUCAUCCUGGUGUCGCACAGCCAGGGCGGCAUAAACGCCAUGGCAUUCCUCGACCAGAGCCCCCUGCCGUGGCGGCGGAGGUACGUCAAGCACUUCGUCAUGGUCUCUACCGGCGCAGGAGGCAUCGUGACCGCGCUACGGGCCCUCGCCUCCUCCGUCAGCCAUCCUCCGCCUCCCGGCGACGUGCUAUCGUUGUUCGGGAACACGGGCAGGAGCUUCGAGAGCACAUUCCUCACCCUACCGUCUCCCAAGGUGUUCGCCCACACGCCCCUGGUGAUCACACGGGCGAGGAACUACUCGGCCUAUGACAUCCCGGAGCUUCUGGCGGCGGCCGGAUUCUCCGACGACGAGGUGGCGCGCUACCGAACAAGGACGCUGCCGGGGGUGCUCAACUUCAGCGCACCGAUCGUGCCCGUCACGUGCAUCAACGGCGUCGGCGUGCCGACGCCGGAGCUCGUGUACUGGGACGACAUCGACGCGGAGCCCAGGGUUGUGUACGGCGAUGGCGACGGCAACGUCAAUCUGGCUAGCGUGCUGGCGUUGGACACGGUGAUUGGGAAGUACCUGGGUCAGGAUUACUACAAGUCCGUCUUGAUCCCCAACGCGACGCACACCGGGAUCUUGGCGGAUGAUUUCGCUCGCCAGCGCGUCGUCAGCGAGAUUCUUCAAGCAAAUACCGCUGUUUAUUAA